ACACACACACACACACACACACACACACACACACACACACACUUUUUAAGACUGCGGUGUGUGUGUGUUUUUGAGGAAUGGGUGAAAUGAAAACAGCCACGGUCCGGGUCGCAGACUGCUCAUUUAUAGCUGGUUUUAUGGUUUGUAGCCGACAUUCAUCCGCACUCGAAGGACUAUAACUCGUCUUCAACUUGAGCAGUAACUCUUAAACUGCAUGGUUGUGCAUUAUGACAUCUGAGGGGAAAGAUGCUGACGCCAUGCAGGACCAACUUUUCAUUCUUGAGACUGGGGAAGUGUAUAGAAACCCCACUGAAGUGAAGAUGAGUCAGAUAGUGCUGCCGUGUCACGCCAACCACUGUGGGGAGCUGAGUGUUGGACAGCUGUUGAAGUGGAUGGACUCCACAGCCUGUCUGUCUGCUGAGAGACAUGCAGGUUGUUCCUGUAUCACGGCCUCUGUGGACGACAUCCAUUUUGAGCACACUAUAGGGGUGGGAAAGGUUGUCAACAUAAUAGCAAAGGUCAACAGAGCCUUCACAUCCAGUAUGGAGGUAGGCAUAUUGGUGACUUGUGAAGACCUCUACACUGCCAGGCAGUGGAAGGUUUGCCAUGCCUUCGCUACCUUUGUUGCCAGACGAACUGAAGCUGGGAAGGUACAGCUGAAGCAGGUGAUUCCUCACACACAAACGGAGCAGAUGGAGUACAGCCUGGCAGCAGAGCGAAGGAGGAUGAGGCUCAUCCACGCUGAGAUCAUUACAGACCUACUGAGCAGCAGCACGGCUCAACUGGGAGAAUGUCAGGAAUAUGAGGAUGCCGUGCCAGCUGAGCGCACGCGAGUGGAAAGUGUGGAGCUGGUGCUACCACCCCAUGCCAACCACCAAGUCAGCACCUUUGGGGGGCAAAUCAUGGCCUGGAUGGAGAAUGUGGCUACGAUUGCAGCAAGUCGCUUAUGUAACGCUCAUCCAACCUUGAGGACCAUAGACAUGUUUCAUUUUCGUGGCCCGUCUCACAUUGGCGACCGACUGGUACUGAAAGCCAUUGUUAACAACGCCUUCAAGCACAGUAUGGAGGUGGGUGUGUGUGCAGAGGCCUACCAGGGUAGAGAACCUCUGCGUCAUAUAAAUAGUGCCUUUAUGACCUUUGAGGUGCUGGACAGUGAUAGGAAACCAUGCACGCUGCCACGGAUACGACCUGAGCCCGUGGAUGGAAAAAGACGUUAUAAAGAAGCAAUUGCAAGAAAGAAGAUUCGGCUUGAUAGGAAAUACAUUAUCACUUGCAAGGAAACUGAGGUGCCUCUGUCUGUACCUUGGGAUCCAAGUAACCAGAUGUACCUGAGCUACAAUAAUGUGUCAGCACUGAAACUGAUGAAUACCAGAAACAACUGGGUAUUAACCUCUGAGAAAAAUAAGGUCAGACUGUACACACUGGAGGAAAACCAGGUGCUGUGUUUCAAGGUGGAGAUGCAUGUCAGUGUCCCAGCAGAGCAGACGUUCCACCUGCUGUCAGACCUGAGGAGGAGAAAGGAGUGGGACCAGCAUUAUGAGGACUGUGAGGUGAUCACCCAGGCGGAUGACGAUGACACCCUUUAUCGUGUAACCACACCCUCUGUCAGUAAAGGGGGCAAAGGCAAGGACUUCAUCCUGCUGGCAUCUAGGAGGAAGCCAUGUGAUUCGAGGGACCCAUAUCUGAUCGCUCUGCGUUCUGUCACUUUGCCCACUCACCCUCCCACUGAGGACUACACGAGGGGAGAGGUGCUCUGUGCCGGCUUCACAAUCUGGGAAGAGUCCAGUACUGUCACCAAGAUCACCUACUACAACCAGGCCACACCGGGCGUCCUUCCCUACAUCUCCACAGACAUCGCUGGACUCUCCUCUAGCUUUUACAGCGCUUUUUCCGCCUGUAGCCACUUCCUGGAGACCAACAAGGACAGCCUUGCUGCUCUGCCGCCCUCUGCACUGCAACACAACAGUGAUACCAUGCUCUCUCUCCAAAAGGAGCAAUAGUAUCCUCUCUCUGUCUUUAUCCCAUUUCACCUCUGUUGUGGAAGUGCUGUGUGCUCUUACAGAAGCCGCAGUUGAAUGUAACCGUCUUUGCAAUGGAUUUGUAGGGUUUUUUUAAACCUCAGUUCAUACUGUGUGACUUAAUCCGUUCUGAAAAUGAGAGACAUACUCUCUAAAAAGGCUGAAGAAAUACGGUGUAUACUUUUUAAGAACGUGCUGCUUGUUCUCAGCCAGAUUAAUAGGUAUGAAGCAAGAGUGCAAAAUGUUUCUCUUGGAUUUUAAGCCUCUUAGGUUUUAUUAGAGCCAAUAUAGUAUGGUUAAAUUUCUUUCUGUGCAAUACUAAUUUAUACAUAAAUCACAUUUUGGUACAUCAUUUUAAAUAUUUAACGAUCUGUUACCUUGAGACAACCAUGUUUUUAAUGGUAUGACCAGUAUUAAGAGAAAAUAACAUGAGGAUGAAACUAGUCUAAACUGAGAUGUUUCAAUCAGCCUUUUUUAAUAGUUUAUUGUUUUCUACCUCCUGUCAGAGUCAAGUUUUUAAACUAUUUAAGUUUUAAAAUAUAAGUCAAGAUGUACAUUUAGUGUAUGAUGCUGCUGCUUUAGACAACAAUGUAUAGUUUUAGAGAAAUGAACUUGCACUGAUUGUAAUAUGUGGACCUUAAGUGGCCAAGUAUCUGUCUUGAUUUAACUGAAACAUUAAGCACAACAGACCCGUGGAUUUUGCUCAUUUGAGCUGUUGUUUUGGUUGUCACCUCCCUUCCCCCUGCAUUCCUACCAUUCCUGAACCAAUUUUUAUGUACAAAAAAACCAAAACAAACACAGCUUGCAAUUGUAUCCCACUGUAACUUGUGAUGUUAGUGUUGUAAUAGGUGCAGGCCAGCUGAGGAGUUUAAUAGAGUCUGAGUGAAACAGUCAGGCUUAAUCCUCUUCUGGGAGCCUCUGACUGGGGCUUAUAGGAGAAGGUAGCUCUGCUUGCUUUCCAGGUAUUGUGUUUGUUCCAUGAUCAUCCUGUUAUGCUCACAACGUUUCCUGGUUUUAGAGCAACAGCAUAAGGGAAUGCAGCUGCAUUUAAAAAAAAAAAAAAAAAAAAAGUAUGUAAUCCCCUCCUAAUUUCUCCUUGGCUUCAUGAAUUUUAGGUGAAACACUGGCAGACACAAGCCACUCAGUAAUCCUGCAGAAUAAAUCUGUCCAAAGAAAA